AUGACUGGAACUGAACAAAACGAACGCAUACUUGUGUCUGCACCAGGAAAAGUAAUUUUAUUUGGUGAGCACUCAGUUGUCUAUCAAAAGACAGCAGUAGCUGCAUCGUUGGGAUUGAAAUCAUAUCUCUAUCUCGAGAACAGAAAGGACGAUUUGAUCAAGCUCGUUCUGCCGGACGUUGGCAUCGAAAGAAGCUGGAAGCUCAGCGACAUUCCAUUGAGAUUUGCAUAUCCUGAUUCAGAUACCCGUCAUCCUAAUGAUAUGCCCGCUGAACUCAAGGCUCGUCUAGUCGAAAUAGCUGGACCUACCACCAAAGAUUCUCAGAUUCAGGCACUCAUGGCCUUUUUAUACCUCCUGGUCAUCAUGGAAUCCAAAGCUGAAGAGCCAUUGACGCAUGGUUUGACCGUUUGCGUGCGUUCUUUUCUCCCUGUGAGUGCUGGUUUGGGUAGUUCUGCCAGUUAUUCCGUCGCUAUUGCAACAGCCUUAUUGCUGCUCAACAACAAGAUUCCCGUUGAUUUCAACUCGAGACCCGAAAGAGAAACAUACCUUGAGAAGGUAAACGCCUAUGCAUUCAAGGCAGAAGAAGUGAUUCAUGGUAAUCCCAGCGGCGUCGAUAAUGCAGUGGCAACAUACGGCGGAGCAAAGACAUUUAUGCGUGGACAAGGAUUUGCUACAUUGGAAGGCUUCAAAUCACUGCGUUUGCUGCUUACAAACACAAAGGUUCCUAGAUCUACCAGUGCAUUGGUAGCCGGUGUGGGUGAGAAGCGUAAAAAGUACCCUGAGGUUGUUGAGCCCAUGCUUGACUCAAUGCACGGUAUCGCCAUUCGUUGUCGUAAUGCUUUCAAGAAAUUACAAGAUAAUGAAUUGACUACCGAAGCACUCAUGGACGAGAUUGAGGAUUUGGUUACAUUAAAUCACUGUUUACUUGAUGGACUUGGUGUGAGCCAUCCAAGCUUGGAGAAAGUCAGAUCCAUCACUGCUCAAUCAGGUCUCAAAACCAAGCUAACGGGUGCUGGAGGCGGUGGCUGUGCUGUUACGUUUAUUCGUGAUAAUGUUCCCCAAGAGCUGAUCGAUCAAGUCAUGUUAAAACUAGAGUCAGAGGGAUUCGAUUGCUAUCAAACAUCAGUUGGUGGUACUGGUGCUGAUGCUGUUAUGCUCAGCAAGGAUGAAACAGAUGAAUGGCUUCUUACAUCUAAUCGCGAUACAUUGGAACAAUACUUUUAA